GCAGGGUUGGUUGCCAUGGUCCCUGCUGCUUUUCUCUCUCACGUGUGAAACAAGCGCCUUCUAUGUUCCUGGGGUCGCACCAAUCAACUUCCACCAGAACAACCCUGUAGAAAUCAAGGCUGUGAAGCUCACCAGCUCCCGAACCCAGCUCCCUUACGAAUACUACUCACUGCCCUUCUGCCAGCCCAGAAAAAUCACCUACAAGGCAGAGAAUCUGGGAGAGGUGCUGAGAGGGGACCGGAUUGUCAACACCCCUUUCCAGGUUCUCAUGAACAGCGAGAAGAAGUGUGAAGUUCUGUGCAGCCGGUCCAAUAAUCCAAUGACCCUGACUGUGGAGCAGAGCCGACUGGUGGCAGAGCGGAUCACAGAAGACUACUAUGUCCACCUCAUUGCCGACAACCUGCCUGUGGCCACCCGGCUGGAGCUCUACUCCAACCGAGACAGCGAAGACAAAAAGAAGGAAAAGGAUGUGCAGUUUGAACAUGGCUACCGGCUCGGCUUCACAGAUGUCAACAAGAUCUACCUGCACAAUCACCUCUCGUUUAUCCUUUACUACCAUCGGGAGGACAUGGAAGAGGACCAGGAGCACACAUACCGUGUCGUCCGCUUCGAGGUGAUUCCCCAGAGCAUCAGGCUGGAGGACCUCAGAGUGGAUGAGAAGGGCUCCUGCACCCUGCCCGAGGGCUCCAGCUCCUCACCCCAAGAGAUCGACCCUGCCAAGGAGAACCAGCUAUACUUCACCUACUCCGUGCACUGGGAGGAAAGCGAUAUCAAAUGGGCCUCGCGCUGGGACACCUACCUGACCAUGAGUGACGUGCAGAUCCACUGGUUUUCCAUCAUUAACUCUGUCGUGGUGGUCUUUUUCCUGUCAGGCAUCCUGAGCAUGAUUAUCAUUCGGACCCUCCGGAAGGACAUCGCCAACUAUAACAAGGAGGAUGACAUUGAAGAUACCAUGGAGGAGUCUGGGUGGAAGCUGGUGCAUGGUGACGUCUUCAGGCCCCCCCAGUAUCCCAUGAUCCUCAGCUCCCUGUUGGGCUCAGGCAUCCAGCUCUUCUGUAUGAUCCUCAUCGUCAUCUUCGUGGCCAUGCUUGGGAUGCUGUCGCCCUCCAGCCGGGGAGCUCUCAUGACUACAGCCUGCUUCCUCUUCAUGUUUAUGGGGGUGUUCGGUGGAUUUUCUGCCGGCCGUCUGUACCGCACUCUGAAAGGCCACAGGUGGAAGAAAGGAGCCUUUUGUACGGCGACGCUAUACCCUGGUGUGGUCUUUGGCAUCUGCUUCAUAUUGAAUUGCUUCAUCUGGGGAAAACACUCAUCAGGAGCCGUGCCCUUCCCCACGAUGGUGGCUCUGCUAUGCAUGUGGUUCGGCAUCUCCCUGCCCCUCGUCUACUUAGGCUACUACUUCGGCUUUCGCAAGCAGCCGUAUGACAACCCUGUGCGCACCAACCAGAUUCCCCGACAGAUCCCCGAGCAGCGGUGGUACAUGAACCGAUUUGUGGGCAUCCUCAUGGCCGGGAUCCUGCCCUUCGGUGCCAUGUUCAUCGAACUUUUCUUCAUCUUCAGUGCAAUCUGGGAGAAUCAGUUCUAUUACCUCUUUGGCUUCCUGUUCCUGGUUUUCAUCAUCUUGGUGGUGUCCUGUUCACAAAUCAGCAUCGUCAUGGUGUACUUCCAGCUGUGUGCAGAGGAUUACCGCUGGUGGUGGAGAAACUUCCUGGUCUCCGGGGGCUCUGCCUUCUACGUCCUGGUUUAUGCCGUCUUUUAUUUUGUGAACAAGCUGGACAUUGUGGAGUUCAUCCCCUCCCUCCUCUACUUUGGCUACACGGCUCUCAUGGUCCUGUCCUUCUGGCUGCUCACGGGCACCAUCGGCUUCUACGCAGCCUACAUGUUUGUCCGCAAGAUCUAUGCUGCUGUGAAGAUAGACUGAUGGGGUGGACCAUGGUCAGGUCCACCCCAUCCUCGGACAGGAAGCCACCCACGUGGGGGACUGCAGGCACGCGAAAUAAAAUAACUCCUGCUCGUUUGGAAUGUAACUCCUGGCACAGUGUUCCUGGAUCCUGGGCUGUGUGGGAGGCGGGAGGGCCUGUAGAUAAAUCUUGUCUUUCUUCAUCUUAUUCCAGUUCUGUGGGGGAUGAGUUUUUUGUGAGUUGUUUUUUCUUCCGUGGUAAGAAAGUUCCCUCAAGCCUUGGAACUCUCUGACCUGUUGAUUCAGGUAUAUUUUUGGUUUGGGUUUUUUUUUUCCUUUUUUGUUUUCCACAAAUGGAUCCAGGAUGGAUAAAUCUACCAAGCUAUGUGUUUUGGUCACUGUCUCCACCUCAGUUCCUCAGGGCUGCUGGCCGCCCCACGACUCACUAACUGGAAGAGGAAACACUGGGGCUGCAGUGAGGUCUCCUGGCCUCUCCCUGCCCAUCCUCACCACUGAGGCCACGACAAAGCACAGCUGCAGCCUGGACAGCCCCUCAGGGCCUGUCAGCCUCACCAGCCCUCUGCUUCCCUCCUCCCUCCUCCCUUCUCCCAGGGCUGCCUGAGGCAGGCUUCCAGCCAGGCCUGUGGGUCAUCUUCUCACCAGGAGGAGGCCCGAGUCUUGGUUGCUACAAGGAAGCCCCUUGGAAGUGCUGGAGGCCCGGCUCCCCAGGACAGCAGGAAUCACCUGUUGAGAGCAGUGGAGUUUGCUGGACCAACAAGGAGGAAGAAGAGAGGCUUGCAUUGACCUGUUUUUUUGUGCCAAGAAAUCCAGGAUCUGGGGCCAAGUAUUUCCAGAGCCAAACGUUCCCUUGUCUGUGUCUGGGAGGGGAUGGCUGAGGCUGCUGGGCUCCUCGCCCUCAGGACAGCUCCCCAGCCCUUCCUCAGGGGCUGCUGUGGUGGCAGACCCUCUCCUCCCCACUUCCAGGGCAGAAUGAGGAGGCCUGGAGGCCGCAGAUCCCUCCAUCAGGCGGCUGGCGCUCUCCCCGACCUCGAUGUUCAUGCUCGUUCUUUUAGCCAGACCCGUCCCCUCCACCCCCGCCUGAGUCCUUGCCUCCUUUUUGGGACACCCAAAAAACUGCUUGUGAGAAGGAAGAUGGGAGCAACUCUGCAGUGCCAAGCGGUGUCUGCCAAGAAUCGGGUUGGAGGACAGGGAACCCAAGCAGUAGAGAGUGAUACGGAAUCUCGUUCAUUCAAAUCUUGGAUUGGCUUCCCUAAGAGAUUCUCAUUUCAGGGGGAUGGGAAAUGGACACCUCAAAGAGUUCAGACAUCAUCAGUUUUUCUGACUUUUUAAAUCAUGAUCAUUAUUAUUUUUCAUUAAAAAAUGCCUGUAUGCCUUUUUUGGUCCAGUUGUAAAUAAACAUGCCCUUGUCCUAUG